CUUCUCCUCGGUGGUAGCUCUGGGCGCGAGCAUCAUCUGUAACAAGAUCCCAGGCCUGGCCCCCAGACAGCGGGCGAUCUGCCAGAGCCGGCCCGACGCCAUCAUCGUCAUAGGAGAAGGCUCGCAAAUGGGCCUGGACGAGUGUCAGUUUCAGUUCCGCAAUGGCCGCUGGAACUGCUCGGCGCUGGGCGAGCGCACCGUCUUCGGGAAGGAGCUCAAAGUGGAUCCUGGAGGAGAACAUGAAGCUGGAGUGCAAGUGCCACGGCGUGUCGGGCUCCUGCACCACCAAGACCUGCUGGACCACGCUGCCCCAGUUCCGCGAGCUGGGCUACGUGCUCAAGGGCAAGUACAACGAGGCGGUGCACGUGGAGCCCGUGCGGGCCAGCCGCAACAAGCGGCCCGCCUUCCUGAAGGUCAAGAAGCCGCUGUCCUACCGCAAGCCCAUGGACACCGACCUGGUGUACAUCGAGAAGUCGCCCAACUACUGCGAGGAGGACCCCGUGACGGGCAGCGUGGGCACGCAGGGCCGCGCCUGCAACAAGACGGCGCCCCAGGCCAGCGGCUGUGACCUCAUGUGCUGUGGCCGUGGCUACAACACGCACCAGUACGCCCGCGUGUGGCAGUGCAACUGCAAGUUCCACUGGUGCUGCUACGUGAAGUGCAACACCUGCAGCGAGCACACCGAGGUGUACACGUGCAAAUGAGCCCCAGGCGCCCUGCGGGCCG